AUGGCUAAAAGGAUGAUGAGCGAGUUUGAGAAAUAUUGGGAUGGGUAUAGUGUUGUUCUUGCAAUGGGAGCUGUUCUUGACCCAAGAAUGAAGUUUUCGACAUUGGCUUAUUGUUACUCAAAACUUGAUGCAUCAACCUGUGAAAGGAAGCCGCAACUUGUAAAAAGUAAGUUGCAUAUGCUAUUUGACAAGUAUUCUGGAAAAAAUGCUUCUUCUGGCUUGCAAAAAACUAUUCAGAAUCAAUCUUGUAUGCCAUUGCAAAAGAAACUCAAGUCUUCAUCUCUCGGCCUCUUUGAUGAAUUGAAAAUGCAUCGUCAGCAGCUUGCUACUAAAACUGGAAAGUCUCAACUCGAUAUUUACUUAGAUGAGUCAGAGUUGGGUUUUUGUUGUUACCAAGAUAUGGAUGUAUUACAAUGGUGGAAAAAUAAUAGUGGUCGAUUUCCAGAUCUAUCAACACUAGCAUGUGACUUGUUAAGUGUUCCCAAUACCAGGCUCACGCGUCUUUAA